GGUUUGGCUCUGCUGUCCAGUCAUAGGAAAAAAAACAGGAAUUCCAAAUGAUUGAUUAACUGAGUCAAUAUUUGGAAUAAGUUAGUUAACAACUAGCAUACUGUUUGAAAGAAUUGGAACUUAGCUGAGGGACAAGGACACGACCAGGUUUGCAUUCAGACCCUGAAAAUGCUGGGGUGUUACUGGUGUUUGGCAUCACUCAUGUUGGUUAGCUAUUCUGUGAGUGUUGAGAACUCAGUGUUUUUCCAGAAGAAUGAAGCAACAAGAGUGCUGAAAAUCCGGAAACGAGCAAACUGGUUCUGGGAAGAGCUUAAACCAGGGUCUCUAGAGAGAGAAUGCUAUGAGGAAUCCUGUACAUUUGAGGAAGCACAAGAAAUUUAUAAAUCCAGAGAAAAUACAAUGGAGUUUUGGUUUUCCUACAAAAAUUUGGAUCCUUGUAAAUCCAAUCCAUGCCUGAAUGGUGGUUUGUGUAAACUCGACAGCUACAGAUAUAUCUGUCUCUGUCCUCCUCUGUGGAAAGGAGAGAAUUGUGAAACAGAGAACCUGGAUUGUGAAUAUAAGAAUGGCUACUGUCAGCAGUACUGCAGCAUCAACAUGACAACACAAAUGCCAAAGUGCUCAUGCGCAAAAGGUUAUCAACUAAAUGAAGAUCAACAGACCUGUUCCGCAAGUGAGGAUUACCCAUGUGGGAGGUUACCUCUGUAUGGAUCACGAACUCGUGCAUUCGAUGGGGCAGAACAUUCCCUCAAUGAUACAGAUACAGACUUUGAGUACUUAACAAAGUUAAAUUACAGUGAAUCAGAAGCUAGGAUACGAAUUAUUGGUGGAAACCUUUGCAGACGAGGACUUUGUCCUUGGCAGGUAUUGGUAAAUAAUAUGGAUGGUUAUGGAUUCUGUGGUGGAACUUUGAUUAACAGUCGCUGGGUUGUGAGUGCUGCUCACUGCUUUGAUACAAUACGACCACACUCAGUUACAGUAGGUGAAUUUGAUAAACUUCAAACAGAGAUCUGGGAACAGAACGUUUUAGUGAAGAAGAUUCUGACUCACCCUCAGUAUGAUCCAAUAACAUAUGACAAUGAUAUUGCCCUUUUGUAUUUGAAUCAGUCUGUGAAUUUUACUUCUACUGUUGCUCCAAUUUGCCUGCCCAAUCACAACCUGGGCAAGCUCCUACUGCAAGGUGGGAAAGUGGGGAUGGUAAGUGGCUGGGGGGUAACCUGGGAAAGAGGUCGGGCUUCCCGAUUCUUGAGGAGAGUGCAACUUCCUUACGUUGAACAGGCAACUUGCAUCAAAUCAACAAGGUUGGAAAUUACAGAUAAUAUGUUCUGUGCUGGAUACACAAAUGAGUACAAGGAUUCCUGUAGAGGGGACAGUGGGGGACCGUACGCAGUUUUGUAUCGAGAGACGUGGUAUCUGACUGGCGUGAUUAGUUGGGGUGAGGGCUGUGCCAAAGAAGGAAAAUAUGGAUUAUAUACUAGGGUGCCAGGUUACCUAUCAUGGAUAUAUGAUAAUUUAUUACAGCACAGUGAAUGACACACUGAUUUAUAACAACCACCAUCAGAGAAAGGAUAAUAAGCUCUGGUUAUGAAAAAUCAUUGUGACACUGGACAGCAGAUCUCUGAACUAAAUAGCUAAUAAAUUAGCAAAUUUAAAAGAUUUUAACUGGAACCAGUCUUAAACUAAACUAGCAAUUUUGUUUAACAGAAGCUUUAGCUCGUAACAUUCUAGCCUAGAAAUUACUAAUGGUGAAUGUUCCAUUGCUACAAUAUCUUCAUUUGGUGUUCUCUGAUGACCAAUAGAUUAAAACAAAACGCAACCACUGGGCUGAAACAGUAGCAUGAAAGGGCUGAAGCUCACAACAGUAAUCAUCAAUCAUUACAUUUGAACUUUUUUUUAAAAAGUUAUAUAAAUUCUGCUUAAAAACUUCUCUCUGAGUUGGCUAGCCUUCAGCGAUGCUGUUAGUUAAAACUUGAUUCAAUCAUGGAUUCGAAGUUCAUGUGGCAGUGAACAAUCUGGCACUGUCUAAUUAUUUUAUGCAGUUCUGGAUAUUUGAUAAAUAAACUCCUUUGUAAAUGCUGAUAAUUGAAUUUCCCUGUGUUGGACAGCCACCAUGUUUUCAGUUG